AUGGAAAAGUUAAAAGUAAGAAAAGUCCUUGGAGUUAGCAUUAAUCCUUAUUUGUAUGAGAAACUAAAAGAGGAAUGUAGUGGCAAAAACGUUAGUGCUUUUGUCGAGAGGGCAAUCACCAAAGA